UUGGAAAAAAGUAAGGUUUAGACUUCUCCAUGUUAACCAUGAGCGUGACACUUUCCCCACUGAGGUCACAGGACCUGGAUCCCAUGGCUACUGACGCUUCACCCAUGGCCAUCAACAUGACACCCACUGUGGAGCAGGGUGAGGGACAAGAGGCAAUGAAGGACAUGGACUCUGACCAGCAGUACGAGAAGCCACCCCCACUCCACACAGGGGCCGACUGGAAGAUUGUUCUCCACCUCCCUGAAAUUGAGACCUGGCUCCGGAUGACCUCAGAGAGGGUCCGGGACCUAACCUAUUCAGUCCAGCAGGAUUCAGACAGCAAGCACGUGGAUGUGCAUCUAGUUCAACUAAAGGACAUUUGCGAAGAUAUCUCUGAUCAUGUGGAGCAAAUUCAUGCCCUCCUUGAAACGGAGUUCUCCCUGAAGCUGCUGUCCUACUCCGUCAACGUAAUUGUGGACAUCCACGCAGUGCAGCUCCUCUGGCACCAGCUCCGAGUCUCAGUGCUGGUUCUGCGAGAGCGCAUUCUGCAAGGUCUGCAGGACGCCAAUGGCAACUACACCAGGCAGACGGACAUUCUGCAAGCUUUCUCCGAAGAGACAAAGGAGGGUCGGCUUGAUUCUCUAACAGAAGUGGAUGACUCAGGACAGUUAACUAUCAAAUGUUCUCAAAAUUACUUGUCUCUGGAUUGUGGUAUUACUGCAUUUGAGCUGUCUGACUACAGUCCAAGUGAGGAUUUGCUCGGUGGCCUGGGUGACAUGACCUCUAGCCAGGUCAAAACUAAACCCUUUGACUCUUGGAGCUACAGUGAGAUGGAAAAGGAGUUCCCCGAGCUUAUCCGAAGUGUCGGGUUACUUACGGUGGCUGCUGACCCCCCUUCCAACUGCAGUGAAGCAGUUAGUGAGGAGGUGUCUCAAGUAUCUCUUUCAGUGGAUGACAAAGGCACAUGUGAAGAAAACAACGCUUCUGCAGUUGAAGAGCAACCAGGCUUAACACCGGGGACGUCAUCUUCAGGGGAAGCUCUGACAAAUGCUGUUCAACCUUCUUCUGAGACGGUGAAGCAAGAAUCCAAUUCCUCCUCCCACCUUGGUGCAAAGAACCAACAGCCUCCUUCUUGUGAGAAUGCAACCCCCAAGCGAUCCAUUAGAGAUUGCUUUAAUUACAACGAGGACUCUCCCACACAGCCCACAUUGCCAAAAAGAGCACUUUUCCUUAAAGAUGAGACUUUUAAGAAUGAUCUGAAAGGCAGUGAUGGAAAGAGGCAGAUGGUCGAUCUGAAGCCUGAGAUGAGCAGGAGCACUCCUUCGCUGGUGGAUCCUCCUGACAGGUCCAAGCUCUGCCUGGUGUUACGGUCUUCCUACCCCAGCAGCCCUGCUGCUGCCAGCCAGUCUUUUGAGUGUUUGCACAAGGUGGGGGCUGGAAAUCUUGAAAACACAGUCAAAAGUCACAUUAAAGAAAUCUCUUCCAGCCUGGGAAGACUUAAUGACUAUCAUAAAGAGAAACCUCGACUUAAAAAGCCACAUAAGACUUCAGAAGAGGUGCCUCCAUGCCGAACACCUAAACGGGGAACAGGCUCAGGCAAGCAAGCUGAAAACAUGGGGAGCUCGGUGGUGCCGAAUGGAAUGCCUCCUCAUCCUUCCAAGGCCACAAGGGGGCCAGAGACAGAUUCCGCUUCCUCAUCCUCCCUUGAGCCCUGUAAGCAGAGAAGUCGGAAUGCCAAACUGCCAGUGCAGUCAGAAACAUCCAGUUCGCCACCUCUUACUCUGAGCAGUGAAUCCUCUGUUGAUUCAGACAGCAUCGUGUCUUCGGUACCCCUUCUUUCAAAACAUGAAAGCAAAAAAGGUUACUCCUACUCCCCAAGUCACGUCACCAGGAAUGGUGAGGUUGUUGAGGCCUGGUAUGGUUCUGAUGAAUACCUAGCACUGCCCUCUCACCUCAAGCAGACAGAAGUUUUAGCUUUGAAGUUGGAAAACCUAACAAAGCUUCUGCCUCAGAAACCCAGAGGAGAAACUAUUCAGAAUAUUGAUGAUUGGGAACUUUCUGAAAUGAAUUCAGAUUCUGAGAUCUAUCCAACAUACCAUGUCAAGAGGAAGCAUACAAGGCUAGGCAGGGUAUCUCCAAGCUCAUCCAGUGACAUAGCCUCUUCACUGGGGGAGAGCAUUGAAUCUGGGCCCCUGAGUGACAUUCUUUCUGAUGAGGAAUUGUGUAUGCCUGUCUGUGGAAUGAAAAAAUACAUUGACGAGAAGUCAUGGAAAAUGUCAUCCUCCGAGAAAAAUGAGAGCCAUUCUGCCACUAAAUCAGCUUUAAUUCAGAAACUGAUGCAAGAUAUUCAACACCAAGACAACUAUGAAGCCAUAUGGGAAAAAAUAGAG